AUGAGAAAUAUUUCUGAUUUUAUAAAAGAUGGACAAAAUCAUGCAUCUAUAAAGAUUGAAUUAAAACAUGAUGAUGAUAAUGUGAUAAUAAUUUGUUUGAUUACAAGAGCUGAUAAUAGAACUCAAUGGACAUUAAAUGGUGAAAAAACUACACUUGAAAAUAUUCAGAGUAUAGUUGAAUCAUUUAAUGUACAAAUGUCUCCACCAGAAUUAUUAAUUCUAGCUCAAGAGGCGACUGGAGAAAAAGAAUUAUUAGGAUGUCAUAGGUCAUUGAUUAAACUUAGUGAACUAAAGAAUUUGUUAUCAGAAUCAAAUACAGAUAAAUAUGAACUCAAUAAUUUGGAAAAAAGAAAUGCAAUCUUAGAAAGAGAUAUUCAAUUACAACAAGCUAAAAUUUCAAUGGCACAAUAUUCACUUUCAAAAACUACAUUUGAGGAAAUGGGGAGAGAAAAAAGGGCAGUUGAAGAAAAAUAUAAUCAACUUCUUGAAGAAAACCAACUUGCUAUUGACAGUAAAAAUGAAUGUGAAGAAAUUAUCAUUGAUGCAAUUGAAAAAAAAAAGAAUAUUCCAGUUGUUGAUCAGAGUUUAAUUCAAAUAAUGAAAGAUAUUGGUAAGUUGGGUAGACAAAUACAAGAUAAGGAUGAUAUUUUGAGACAAGCAUCUGAUAGACUUAGUGAAGAAAUUGGAUGUGCUGGUGUGCAUAUUAGUACUCAUGAAGAUUAUGGUAAAUGGGGUAUAAAUUUCCUGGUAAACUUUAGUGAUAAUGAAGAAUUACAAUUAUUGACUGGUCAAAGGCAAUCAGGAGAUGAAAGAUCUGUAUUAGCUAUCAUGUAUUUAAUGGCAUUACAAGAAUUGGCCAAAACACCAUUUUGUGUUGUUGAGAUUAACCAAGGAUUGGACCCUAUAAAUGAAUACUUAGUUCAUAAUCAAAUGAUUGAAACUGCAUAUUGUGAUCUUAAAUAUAAUGCAUUUACAAUGCUUUGUUUCAUUAUAAUGAAGAAUGGCAAUCUGAAAGAAUGA